AUGGAGAGAACGCGAAUUGCGAAGGUAGACGACGUCAGACUCGUCCGCAGGGGCGAGCAAGUUGAAGGGAAUCUACAUCUGACACCCCACCACCUCAUCUUCUCGCAUACGCCUCCUACCGCAGAGGAAGCUAACGCUAGACCUCGAGAACUAUGGAUCACAUAUCCAAUCAUCCAUACAUGUACUCUACGCCCAGCUCCACCAGCAUCCCAUCUACCAUCUUCGAUACGGCUACGAUGUAGGGACUUGACUUUUGUCUGCUUCUGCUUCGCAGAUGAGAAGAAGGCACGAGACGUAUAUGAUAGCAUCAAGGCGUGGACGUGCAAACUGGGAAGGAUAGAAAAGUUGUACGCAUUCAGCUACCAGCCGCAGCGGCCAGAGAAGGAGGUUAAUGGGUGGAAUGUGUACGACGCAAGAAGGGAAUGGAGAAGAUUAGGUGUCAGUGAGAAGAGUACGGAUAAAGGGUGGAGGAUAUCGAACAUCAAUACAGAUUACGCGUUCUCAUCAACAUAUCCUGCUCUUCUCGCUGUGCCGACAUCAAUCUCCGACAAUACCCUCAAUUACGCAGGCAGAUAUCGCUCGCGUCCGCUGGUGGGAGUUCGAGGGAACCGAAGCAUCCAAGAUGAGAAGCUUUUGCUUGCGAUAUUCUCCACUUCGCAUUCAGAUCCCAAUUCUUCAGAGCCGCCUUCCAGACCUCGGAGUCCUCAGUCUCUUCGAUCGAGCGAAGGUGACAUUGGAUCACAAGGGUCGGACCCUCCUCCCACAGAUCCCGAAACGCUGGAAGAUCAGAUGAUAAAUCGGACAGCAAGCGAGGACAAGGAUGAGCCAAAAGUGUACGGAGCGCAGCAGCAUAAUCUUAUAGUCGACGCUCGGCCCACUGUGAACGCUUUGGCGAUGCAAGCUGUAGGAUUAGGCUCGGAAAACAUGGACAAUUACCGCUUCGCAACGAAGAUCUAUUUGGGAAUUGACAACAUUCACGUUAUGAGAGACUCGCUGAACAAGGUUGUCGAUACACUGAAGGAGUCGGACGUGACGCCCUUGGCACCAAAUCGAGAAGCCCUGGCGAAAAGCCAUUGGCUUAAGCAUAUCGGCGGUCUACUUGAUGGGGCGGGAAUUAUUGCUAGACAGGUGGCUCUUCAACAUUCGCACGUCCUCAUACACUGCUCCGAUGGAUGGGAUCGAACAAGCCAGCUCAGUGCUCUAGGUCAGCUCUGUCUUGAUCCUUACUACCGUACUCUCGAAGGCUUCAUCGUUCUUGUAGAGAAGGACUGGUUAUCAUUCGGUCACCAAUUCAAUCAUCGAUCUGGGUUCCUGUCGAGCGAAAAAUGGUUUCACAUCGAGAAUGAACGAGUAGGCGGAGAUAGCAACAAGCAGCCGAGCUUAGUCGGACACAACAGCGGCGCGGGUCAGGCUCUGGAGAAUGCCUUGUUGAGCGCCAAAGGUUUCUUCAACAAGGACAACAAGAGCAAAGACUCUAUCGUCGAUUCAGAUGGCGAAAUGCAGCCAUACGACGUGUCUCCGACCUCUAAGAGAAGCGCUGCUCCAGGCAAAGGAAGUGGAAGCGACAAAAGCACCACUAAGGUCAAAGAGACUAGCCCAGUCUUCCACCAAUUCCUUGACGCUACUUACCAACUGCUCCACCGCCAUCCUACUCGGUUCGAGUUCAAUGAACGCUUUCUCCGUCGCUUGCUUUACCACCUUUAUUCUUGCCAAUAUGGCACUUUCCUGUACAACAAUGAGAAAGAGCGUGUUGACGCCCGUGUCAGUGAGAAGACCCGAAGCGUUUGGGACUAUUUUUUAUCCCGAAAAGAACAAUUCAUAAACGAAAUAUACGAUGCAACGAUUGACGAUAAUGUCCGAGGUCAAGAACGACUGGUUCUGCCAGGGACUGGUGAGCUUAGAUGGUGGCAUGAACUAUUUGGCCGGACUGAUGCUGAAAUGAAUGGUCCUACGAGGACCACGAGAAACCGCGCUCAGGGUGACAUCCUUGUCGAUCCCACAGUGCUCACUGGGAUUGAAACAGCUGAUAAUUCUGUGGGGGCCGGAGCACCAGGGAGAGCAUUACCAAAUGAAGAUGCUUCCUCUUUGUCAGUCUUGGCUGCUGGACUUGGAGGGUUGGGCAUAAGCAAGAGCAGAGGGAAUGAGCCAUCGAGCCUGAAGCGCGAGAUGGAAGUUGAGAUGCAGUGA